AUGUUAGCAUUCGUUGCAGCUUCUCUUGUCGCCGCCAUUGGCACAGUUAAUGCCUCUCCUCAAGUAGCGUCUACCACUAUCAUUUCUGGUGUGACUAUGACAUACAGCACAGUGAAUCCUAUCCAGACCGGGAUUCAAACAUGCGGACGAACCUACUGGUCUGUCUCCGGUGACACAUGCAACUCUAUCUCUUCGAAGCUUGGCAUUAGUGUCUCCCAGAUUCAAAAGUAUAAUGGCUUCCUGAACUGUGAUGACAUUUGGGUCAACACGCCAAUUGCUAUCUGCUGGGAUACUCCAACACCCUGGAGCACUCCAUCUGGUGCCAUCACAUUUUCAUCCUCUGCAACUCCAUCGCCACCAGGUUGCCUCACGUAUUGGUCUGCGCCUGGCGACACAUGCGAUUCGAUUGCCGCCAAAUUUGGAUUGAGUGCUACAGAAGUAAAGAAUCGCAAUUCCUUCCUCAACUGCGCUGAUAUCUGGACCAACACUCCAAUUUCAAUUUGCAAUGCUCCUGUCGCCACCACUUCUUCUGGCCCUGUCACAUUCUCUUCCACCCUUAUCACGCAUUCUUCCUCUGCCACUCCUUCGCCACCAGGUUGCAUCACGUACUGGUCUGCACCUGGCGACACUUGCGAUUCGAUUGCUGCCAAAUUUGGAUUGAGUGCUACAGAAGUAAAGAAUCGCAAUUCCUUCCUCAACUGCGCUGAUAUCUGGACCAACACUCCAAUUUCGAUUUGCAAUGCUCCUGUCGCCACCACUUCUUCUGGCCCUGUCACAAUUUCUUCUUCUUCCACCCGAAUCCCCACAGUGACCACCUCAUCGGGAUCUAUCACGAUUAGUUCAUCUUCCGCGACCGCUACAAUGACCAGUAUCGGGGGUUGCUUCACUUACUGGUCCGUAUCAGGUGACACAUGUGACUCCAUCGGCGCCCAGUAUGGAGUGAGUGCUUCAGAGAUCAAGAACUACAAUGACUUUGUCAACUGCAAUGAUAUCUGGCCGAAUACUCCUAUUUUCAUCUGCAGCAGCCGACCACCCACGGCGACCUUACACUGA